GCUGUGUAUGCAACUUCUGGGCUUUCCUUGUUUCUCACCUAAGCUAAUGAGUUCAUCUCAUCUGCUUCCCAGCAAGAGCAUCCGUGACUCUCUAGAGAUCACGAGAUUUCAUGCCAAUGUCAUGUCUGUUGAGCACUGCAGGGGCCUGUUCAAACUGUCUGAAGCGCUGCUACAGGCUGCAUCGUUAUGUGAAUGGGUGGUUGCCUUGCCUUCAUUCUGGCAUCACCAUUACGCUAGUAUGCGAUAUGAAUGACUCGAAUUCUAAAUUCAUCUCCCGCAAACUUUGCAGCGAUAGUUUUCAACUAUCCAACACUUGUUCUACAAUCUCUCUAUUAGAUUUUAUCUCUCUCAACAUACUUCCGCUCACUCUUCUGAAGCUUUAGAAGGCUAUUAUCUCUUUCUUAUCACUGUUUCCAGAAUGCCGCUCCAACGACCACCAAUCUGGCUGAUGCCAUGUCUUAUUUUGCUUGGCCAGCAUGUUCUUUGGAGGGCGCAUGUUGACAAUUUUCAAAGAAUAGGAUUUCUUGAAGAAGAGCUAGCUCGGUUAAAACUUGCUAAAGAUAAAGCACAUAUAUCUGAAUCGCAAGAGAUAUUAGACCCGGCUCUUAAUUUCUCUGCAAAACAUGUUAUAUCGACCUCACCGGGGAUAUUAUCGCAAACGGGUAUAAGAUCGCAGCGCAACUAAUAUAUGGAUGGGGUAGAGACCAUCUUCAUACAUACCUACCCCGAGGAUCAGUAUGAACGAUUGCUGAAGGCUCUAUUGAAUAAAAAAUAUAAGUGUAUGUCGACACUGGUUUGACAGGCUUGCUGCGAUGAAAACUUCUACAGACUUUCUAUUAUCUUUCUUUAUCUGUGUCUCAGGAGGGAACUUUACUUGUUAUCACUUGUUUAAGCUAUAUUGAUUGCCUGAGCUGCAAUGCUGUAUUACUCGGGACCUGUUAUAUUAAGCGUGAGCCUUGAUCUAGAAAUCUUUCGAAAACUCAGUCUGGGGAUAAUCUAUAAUCAAAGAAACUACUAUAGAAAGUUGGGGAGCCCCUUGUAUUUUGUACUGUCAAGGAAUCCAUCGUCUAUAGAGGACAAGAAUCAAGAGCUCUGCUUGCUGUUCACACCGUCAUCGUCAUUUACGGUGCGAUAAAUAGCGCUUGGAGUCGAUGUCCUUGGGGGAUGCACGAGACACGGGCCCGGG